AGAGUGUGUGUGCUGUGCUUGAGUGCUUCAGCUCUGUUUUCAGGUGUAGCUACGGCUGCUCAGGUGUGAUAGCUGAGCUGAUUAAUAAUUCAGCAACUGAACCCAGAUCAAAUAUUCUCUCUCUCUCUCUCUCUCUCUCUCUCUCUCUCUCUCUCUCUCUCUCUCUUUCUCUCUCUCUGUACACCAGGUGCUAACAGCUAGUAGAAGAGACCAAUUACAGAUGCAUCCUCACUCACACACUAACACAAACGCAUGCGCACUCACACGCACACACACACACACAUUAACUAGCGUGCACUGUGUUCAGGACCAAAACCUGCAGUCUGGAGACUUUCAGCAUCUAAAAAGGGGUACAGAUCACUUAGAACUUUUAAUACUUAUGUAAUGUAUUUUUAUGCAUGAUUUUGUUUGUGUACGUGUGUGUGUGUGUGUGUGUAUGUGUGUGUGUGUUGCUUAUUUUCUCUUUAGUAACACAAUGUCUGGAGCUAAUAGUGAUCACCUGCACCGGUCCACUCUAAGCAUCUAUUCAUUUAACCCUGGCCUGCAACAGCUGGUCACGUUGGGUAACAGCUAUGUGAAAGCUUUUCAAGCAUUGGCACUGACAAGUGAAGCCUACUUUAGUGCACUAGCAAAGAUGGGAGAACAGGCUCUCCACACACUCUCAUCCCGCUCGCUUGGUGAUGUGUUAAUCCAGAUCUCAGAGACCCAGAGGAAGCUUACAGCAGAAGUGGAGGGAGUAUUCUGCUGGUUCCAAGUGGAGGUGUUGCAGGCUCUGGAUAAGAACGUCAGGCUCGAUGAGGAGUACAUAGGCGGCAGCAGGAGAGUGUAUGAAUUGGAAGUAAGAAAUCAGGCGACGAAUCUGGAAAGGCAGCUGAGACGAGGAACAUACAGAGACUCUUUGGAGGGCAGUGAGUACAUGCAAUAUUUGAGGCAGAGCCAGUACGAGAUCCUGAAAGAAGAGGAGCGAAGAUAUCGUUUUCUCACAGAGAAACAUUGCGGAUUAGCACAGUCUCUGCUUUUCCUCCUCAACAAGACAGGGGCGUCUCUUCAGCAGAAAGCUGAGGGAUGGAAGGAGCGAGUGAACGAGAGUCAGAGCUCCAGGUCACGCACGCCCACGCCGUUAGAACAAGACACACACUUGAGGGCUGCAGUGAGUUCUCUUCUCCAGCCUGGAGACAGGGACGAGGGUUGGUCUGGACAAGACCACCAGUUGGGCAGGGUGCCUUCUAGAGCUCCGUCUCCCCUCCAGACACGCUCUCGUUCCGGCUCAGUGAGCGAGUCACCGGCCGUCAGCGGAGGUCAAUCAGUCAGAGCGCUUGUCUCUCACCCUGCCUCCUCAAACCCUGUGCUGCUCCCGUUUUCUCGGGGUGACACGCUCACUCUGCUCGUGCCCGAGCCACGCAACGGCUGGAUGUACGGUCGUCAUGACGCCAGCCUACGGCAAGGCUGGUUUCCUGCAUCCUACGUUGCUCCUGUAGAAGAUCUCUCCUCCUUGAGCUCAAGCGGUUCGUUGCUCCGGAACCACAGCAUAAACAACCUCCUGGACCCGACAAGCCAAUCAGAGUCCAUUGAUAAUAGAAACUACGGCGAGAUUCCGCCUCCGGCUCCACCCCUUCCAAGAGGCUCCAACGACCUUCGUACCGUCUCCCCGCUUCUGGACAGGAAGGCGGAGUCUGUGUAUGAAGUGAAGGCGGGUCAGUGCUACAGCGAGAUCCCGGCACCGGUGCCACCCGUUCGGAGAGCGUCAGGUGAUUUCCGGCCAGUCUCGCCGCUCCUCGACAGGAGGGCGGAGUCUCACUUUGAGAGCAUGACUGGUUACUCCAUUCCUGAGAGAAAGGCAGAGCCAAACGUAGAGAGACCGAAUCCUCACAGGCAGGCUCCAGAGCAUCCUCUCUUUCCCAGGGGAUCGAAUCCUUUUGCCACAGUGAAGCUCCGCCCCACGGUGACCAAUGACAGAUCGGCACCGAGAAUCCACUGACCAAUAGGAGCAGCAGACGACAAAGGCUCACUCUGAUUGUCUCUGACUCUUUACCACAACAUGAUGAAAUCUGAGCAUUUAAACAGGAGACGAGACACAACAUUAUAUUUGGGAUUGUUCUUCCAAUUUCAUAAAAUGUGCCUUAAUUCUUUACUAAAUUCCUAAAUCUCUGAUAAAUCAAACACACAUCUAACAGCCUAAAUGUGUCCAAGAUGACACUAAAACCCCUGAGUGAUUCUUGUUUUUGUUUUUUUAACAUAUUUGCGUAGGUGAAUUUAUUGAUGUUGAAUUAUUUUGCAUGGGUGUGGCCUAAUAUUAUAAUGAGGAUUCUUCUGCUUCAAAAUGAACCCAAAAUAUAGUUAGCAUAUAGAAAAGUUUGCCUGUUAACUAACACACAGUUUGGUUUUGCUUUCUAGAUUAGUUUUGACUAAGACAGUCUUUCAUUUGGGAAUAGAUUUUCAGAUGCUGGGGUCAUUUUAGCCUUAAAUUGCUAGGUUAGCAGUUUCUAGUUAGAUUAUGCUAAAGCCGAGAUUAGCUUGUAUUUCUUAGGUCAGCAUUUGUUCUGCUGAUUGUUCUGCUGAUUUUUUUUAAGAUAGCAGUUGCUACCUAGAUUAGGUUUAUUUUGCUGUAUUAUAUUUGUCUUCCAAGGAUAGCUUUUUUGCUAGGUUAGAUUUUGCUAACAAUGUUUUUUGGUGACUAAAUUGCUCAGAUUUGAACCCAUACUUAUGAUAAAAGCUGUGUGGGAGAGAUGAGCGAGAUCAGCCUUGUAAUUGGUGCAGGGAAAAAAAUAACACAUUUAGCCACGCCCUUUUAACAUUCAAUCGUUGAUUCUGUUACUGUCUUGUUCACUGGGUCAGUCACUUGGUCACUGGGUUGAUUACUAAUUUGCUCACUGAUUUGCACAAUGACUCGGUUACUGAAUCGCUCAUUGACUCGGUUACUGACUCGCUCACUAACUUAGUUACUGACUUGGUUACGAUUUGGUUAUGUUUAGUUAUGAGUGUUCUGUGUUUAUACUGUGAUAUAAUGUACAGUAGGUAUUGUGCUGAGUGUUCUCCUGUGAACACAUUGAGGCACUACUCUCUCAGAAGGCUUACCUCAGAGUGUGUGUAUGCAGGUGGGGCUCCAUUUCACUCUUAUAAGAUCAACAUAUCACUACAUGGAACCGUGCUGUAUAUUCCUCUAUAUUAUUAUAAACUCAGUGUCCCAGAAUGACUGAAAAAAGUAAUAAACAAAUUAUGAUUUAA